AUGGAGUUAGAACCCGCAGAGAAGGCAAGGAAAUUAGACAUCCAAGAGUUGGAGGAAAUCCGUAAUGAUGCCUAUGAGAAUGCUCGCAUUUAUAAAGACAAGACAAAGUUGUUUCAUGAUAAGAAAAUAGCUCAGAAGCAUUUUUCGAUAGGACAAAAAGUUUUGCUUUCUAACUCCGUACUAAAGCUAUUCCCAGGUAAGCUUCGAUCUCGAUGGCAAGGACCUUUUAUUGUGACCAAAGUAUUUACACAUGAUGAGUUUGAAAUAGAAAGUGAAGAAUCAAGAAAGCGGUUCAUGGUUAAUGGCCAAUGGUUGAAGUCAUUUAACGAGAAUUUUCAAGCCCACGCGGUUGAAAAGAUUCAUCUGGAACCACCAUAG